AGAAAGAGAGAGAGAGAGAGAGGAAGAGUGCAUGGUGCGCUCCAUCCACAGCCUCACUUACACCGGACUGUCAUCCUUGGAGCGGCUCCCUGCACCUUCUCUGUUGUGGUCCACUUUUGUGACCAUUAUCGGGUUUUACUGUUGGCGGAUAUAGCAUGGACACGAUAUAAGACGAACUACCGAGCCGUCAGCAGUUUUACUUGCUUAAAACCCCCCAAUCAAUUCUCUUAAAGCUCGUCCUGCCGAAGUCAGAAUAAUGAUGGAGUAUUGGAGGCAAUGCGCGCUGUGGCUAAUUAACUGCAAGGUGCUUCCAGCUAACCACCGGGUUACAUGGGAAUGUGCACAGGUAUUUGACCUGGCUCAAACCCUCCGCGAUGGAGUCCUCCUCUGCCAUCUGCUCAACAACCUGAGACCCCAGUCCAUCAACCUAAAGGAAAUCAACCUCCGACCGCAAAUGUCACAGUUCCUGUGUCUGAAGAAUAUAAGGACUUUCCUGGCAGCAUGCAGUGACAUAUUCGGCAUGAAGAAAGGCGAGCUGUUCGAGGCCUUCGACCUUUUUGAUGUCAGGGACUUUGGAAAGGUAAUGGACACACUAUCUAAACUUUCCCACACAGCGAUUACACAACAAACUGGAAUCAGGCCCUUUCCAUCGGAAGAGAGUGUCGAAGAUGAGGAUAUCUACAACCACCUGGAGGACCUUAUAGAUGAGAAGGGGGUGGAGGAUGAGGAGGAUCUGUAUGACUGUGUGUAUGAUGAUGAAGAUGGAGGAGAGAUCUAUGAGGACCUGAUGAAGACAGAAGCCAUCCCUCCCCCGGCGUUCCAGAGGCAAGCAGAGACUGACAUCAGGAGUUGCUGUUUAACAGAAAUCAAGCAGACAGAGGAGAAAUACACUGAGACCCUGGAGUCUAUAGAGAAGCACUUUAUGACGCCCCUCACCAUGUUUUUAUCUAUGGCUGAGAUGGAAAAGCUGUUUGUGAAUAUCCCGGAACUGGUUAAAGUUCAUAAAUGUUUACUGUUGGAAAUCCAAGACUCAGUCCACCACAGAAGUGCCCAGAACCUUUACCAGAUCUUCAUCACUUUCAAAGAGAGAUUGUUGAUCUAUGGGAAAUACUGCAGCCAUGUGGAAACAGCCAUCGCCACUCUGGAUCACAUCUGCAAAGACAGAGAGGACUUACGCAUGAAGCUAGAGGAAUGUUCAAAGAGAGCCAACUAUGGCAAGUUCACGCUGAGAGAUCUGCUAGUGGUUCCUAUGCAGCGAGUGUUGAAGUAUCACCUCCUCCUGCAGGAGCUGGUAAAGCACACACAUGAUGCCACUGACAAGAGUAAUCUGCGAAUGGCUUUGGAUGCCAUGAAGGACUUGGCUCAGUAUGUUAACGAAGUCAAGAGAGACAACGAGACGUUGCGAGAAAUAGAUCAGUAUCAGAAAUCCAUCGAAAACCUGAAUCAGCCUCUGAGUAACUAUGGAAGACCAAAAGGUGACGGGGAGGUACGGGUGGCCUCGGUGGACAAACGAGCUAAACAGGACAGGCACAUCUUCCUGUUCGAUGCGGCGGUGAUUGUAUGUAAGCGGCGAGGAGACAACUAUGAGAUGAAAGAAGUGAUCGACCUGCACCUCUUCAAGAUCACCAACAAUCCCACGUCGGACAAGGAGAACCGAAAGUGGUCCUACGGAUUCUACCUCACUCACAACCAGGGCCAGAGUGGCUUUGAAUUCUUCUUCAAGACCAAAGAGCUGAAAAAGAAGUGGCUGGAGCAGUUUGGCAUGGCCAUAUCCAACAUUCGUCCUGAGAAUGCCACUAACAACUUCCACGAGUUUCGUAUGCACACCUUUGAAAGGAUCACCUCCUGCAACUCUUGCCACAUGCUGCUGAGGGGCAUCUUUAACCAGGGCUACCUGUGCUCCAAGUGUGGUUUAGGUGCUCAUAAAGAAUGCCUGGCCCGGUUUGGGUCCUGUGGAAAAACAGAUCCGGGCUCCGUCAGAACUCAGGGCACGUCUAAAGAUCCAGGUCUGCCUAAGAUGCUGGUAAUCAGGAACUACCUUGGUGUGCCCAGCCCUACGUCUGGCCCCGCGCUCAGCAUCCAGAUUGGUGACAUCAUCGAAUUAAUCUGCGCCGACCUUCACAGCCCCUGGUGGCAGGGCAAAAUCCUGUCGAAGAAGGAGGUUGGCUUCUUUCCAAGCGAUGCUGUGAAGCCUUGCCCAUGUGUUCCGAAGCCCGUUGAUUACUCCUCUCAACCUUGGUUUGCAGGGCCCAUGGAGAGGCUCCAGGCGGAGGCAGAACUCAUCAACAGGGUCAACAGCACCUACCUGGUCCGCCAUCGCAGCAGAGAGUACACAGAGUACGCCAUCAGUAUAAAGUACAACAACGACGUGAAGCACAUAAAGAUCCUGACCAAGGAGGGCUGCUUCUACAUCGCAGAGAACAAGAAGUUUAGGAAUAUAUCAGAGCUGAUUGAGUAUUACAAACACCACUCCCUGAGAGAAGGUUUUAGGAGUAUGGACACCACGCUGCAGUUUCCUUACCGGGAACCAGAGAACGCUGCAAUGCACCGCCUCAACCGAUCGGGUAGCAACACCCCAUUGCUCUGCGGCCUCUCUUUUGUAACUCCUGCCGGCUACAGCUUUGUACCUCCUUCCUCUGCUCCCUUCUGGUCAGUGUUUACUCCAAAAGUGAUUGGUGUGGCGAUAGCACGGUACGACUUCAGUUCACGCGACACCCGGGAGCUCUCGCUGCAGGAGGGUGACGUGGUUAAGAUCUACACAAAGUCAGGAGCCAACGGCUGGUGGAGGGGCGAGGUAAAUGGCAGGGUCGGCUGGUUCCCAUCCACAUACGUAGAGGAGGGUGAGGAGUGAAAGGUCCGACAUGGGAAGAAGAGUAAGAUGAAGAACAAAAUGGCAGCAGUGGAGCAAGCAAACUGACCACAUAACAGUAAGGAAGAGACUGAUCUUCUGCACCGCUGCUUGCUCCGGUGUUACUUUUCAGAGCCAAGCAGCCCUCGAUGGAGUCCUGUUGCCUACAAGCAUCCCAGAGGCCUUUGGGUGAGAGAAAAAGGGCCACAGUACAUCAGUUCUGGUUGACUCUGUGUGGCUAAGUGACUCCACCAACUAGCAGCUUGCCUGUCAGCAGGGCACAAGCCCUCGCCAGACACCGCCCUCCCCCUCCUCCUCCCCAACUUCAUCCAUCCAUCCAUAAUUCACCCCCUCCCUCCCUUCCUCUCUCUCUGCCCCAGCCUGCCGCAGCCCCCAACUCCCACCUGUUUCUGCUUGCCAAGUCGGCCGUCGCCAAUCUGUCAAAAGUAGAAACUCAAAUGCCACUCUUCCAGUCAUACGCUCAUUCAUCCUUCCAUCCAUCCAUCCGUCCAUCCAAGCAUCCAUCCUCCCUACCAACCCCCUGUGGGAGUCAUCUGAGCUGGAAAAGACCCACACUGUAAAGUUUUUCCUCCCCUUUCAUCUCCUUCUCACUCUGAAGGGAUUUUAGUCAGUUUUGACCUUGGCUGUGUGUUUGGUCCACUAAUGCAGGUGGCUAUUGAUGACUUGAUGACCCAGAUUCACACACACACACACACAGACACACACACACACCACCCACCUCUCCACCCCUUCAGAUUAUGAUCGUGCACACACUCUUACAGGAGAUGUAAGAGAGGGAUGGUGUCGGAUAGCAUCGCUUCACAUUGCCAGCAAUUGAUUGCUGUUCUUCCUAUUUUGCUCCCACCUCCUACACUCUUUAUCUCCAGCCCAGCCUCGCAUGCUUUCAGUUGUCUUGGCCGUUAGCGAUCCUCCGAUCUUAUCGGUGGCAGCUUUGUCGACAGGAGCCAAUUUGCCGAGGGUUUACCUUAUUGGAGGCAUUAGUGGCUUGUCGGGGGAACAGGCCACCCUAUCUAGCUGCCACCUGUCCUCGUAACAUAAAAACUAAGUAAAGACAAGCAGAUGAAACACGAACGCAACCCAACUUUGUACCUAUUUUUCCCCCAAUGUUCUGUCUCACGUACUUUGCUUUUUUUCCAGAAUUGUUUCUGCAGUUUCAUCAUCUACAGAUACGAUGAUUGAAUACAUGCUUGCAAAAUUGAGCAACACUGCACUGGCAGUCUAUGCGAAGCUGGCUCUUUAGAUUUGUACUUCUACAACAUUUUACACCAGAUUAUGCUUAAAAUGUUUUAUCAUCAUCUUCCUAAGUGUUUGUGGAGACUAAGUGUCUUCUGCUGUAACUGCUUGUUUAGAGGUUUUUGCCACUGAAGAAUACAAUUUGUGCAGAAAAACUGUUUUGGCAAGAAAAAAUGUAUUUAUGUAUGUAACACUUCAGUGCAAAAGACCUGAUGUCAACUUUUAGAACCUUUUUCCACUGCUUAUAUCUUUUUGAUAACUGCCACUCCCCACCCUUUCUGUGUUCCACCUUCAUUCCCUGUAUACAUUAUGCACACUGUUUCCACACAAGUAUACAGUUUGUGCAGGAAAAACUGUUUUGAAAAAGAAAAACACCCAAUUUUAAAAAGGUAUUUACGUAUUACCACUUCAGUGCAAAAGAACUGAUGUCAACUUUUAAAAACCUUUUUCCACUGCUCACAUCUUCUUGCUAACUGCCACCCCACCCCCUCACCCUUUCUGUGUUCCACCCUCACUCCCUGUAUACAUUAUGCACACUGUCUUCUUAAUCCACAGUGAAAAAGGAUUUUCCCACAUUUGAGGGAAUAAAUACCUUUACAGCAAAACACGCUUGCGCACACACUCGUUAUGUUAACACACGGCAAUAUGUAGUCACAGACAGAAUAAGAAGGCAGUGUACACUGAUCCAAAAUAGUGAUCAACUUAUGUCUGGAGGUGAGGCCAAAAACUCCCCCAGCAGUUUUAAUGUUUUAAUUGCAGCCAGGAUGUUGAUCCCCUCUUUUAUAGAUUGUUUAUUUGCUGAAAAACAAACAACCAAAAAUUCUUCUUUGUUUAAAAUAUCAACAUAUUGACAUUUUCACUUAAUUUGUGGUUGGUGAUUUCUGUUGGCAGAAGGCAGGCAAACUCUCUGGACUUGUCAGUCACACGGCCAUCCAACUAUGAUCCAGUCAUUUCUAUGAAGAUGGUCAAAACGUUACCUUCAACUAGUCCUUUAAUUUCUUCCAUUUGAAGUUGUUCUUUGGCUAUGUUCCUCCUCACUCCUCAAAUGCAGACUUUCACACAGUUACACACACCUACGCAGUGGCAUUUUAAAAAUCAACCCUCUCUUUUUAUGUUAAGGAAAACUAUUUAUGUAACAUGCGAUGUACAUACAAUGCAAUACAAUACAUGUCACUGAAACACAUAAUGGGAUAGUUUACUAAGAGGCAGCAUUCUCUAGUUGACCAUUUAAGUGGAAACAUAGUGAAACACUCGAUCAGGCAUUUAAUUAAGUCACAUCUUUUCAGAGCUAAUAUUGGAGUUGUUGUUAAGAUGGAGAAGAGCGUGUCUACCCAGCCACAACAGCCCUCAGGGCAUUGCUUGCUUCCAUUCAAAGCUAUUAUCCUCCCCUGUCAUGUCGUCAUUGUGUCGAUGCCAUUGCGUAUUAUGUCAGAAAUAUAUUUUGUGAAUCAAAGUAAGAAUUCAUUGUAAAGAUAUCCUUUUGUAUGCACUUAAUGGAGCCAUUAUGAUCACUAAUAACCCCCUGCCACUCCAUGCCAUUAGGAUAUGUAUGACACAUUUAUUUUCUGUUCUCAGUCAGAUUGUUUAACUACAGGGCUGCACAAAUGUGACAAGAGGGUCAUAAUAAUGUUUUUGUUUUUUUGCUUUGUGACAUCUCCCUUUUUUUUUUUAUAAUUUUGUAUUAUCAACAGUGUCAUUAAGCGACCACUAGAUGGAAGCAUCCUAAACACAUCUCCUCUCCAAGCAGUCACCUUCAACUUGCUAAAGUUUGGAGAUGACAUCAUCUGAUUAGGCGGUGAAGAAUAUUUAAGGAAGCAAUUAGCAUCAGCCUCAGACUUGUUGUUGUGACUCAGAGGGAAAGAGGACACCUCCAAGACAAAACCAAAAGGAUCAAAAUACACUAAACUGUUUUUCUAAUGAAGUGGACAGGCAUGAUUAAUGCUGCAGGUAGAUUACAUAGCAUUCACUGCAUUCAACAUGAGAUUAUUUCUAAAAUAAGUUGGAUUGUGUCUGUGCAGCCCCUGGCUUUUAUCAGAUGUUAUCACAUUCCCCGACUUUCUUUGACUUUCCUGAUAUUCCAGGAACUUAAUUUCCAGUAAGAACCUGCAGGAUGAUAUUUCUCCUCCCCUCCUGCUUCCUAAAAGAUGUGCAGUCUCUGAACAGUCCAACAUUAUGUUUAUAACAUCUUUAGGAAGUCUUUGGCGGCACAAAUGCGAUCCAGUGCAAGCUUCUCUCCCGUCUUGGGAGAAGUGGAGAGGCAGAGUAGGCUGCUCUAAUCGCAGACUCCGGUAAUCCACUCCCGCACUCCUCCUCCGCCCAGAUGCACUCUGACAGCGGGGCCAUUUACAACUGCAGGCCUUCUUCCCCUCCCGAGUACGCUUCCAGAUUUUAUUUUUUAUUUUUUUUGUGUGCGGGAGGGACAGGAGGAAGGCUCAAGGGUAUCUGUGAUCUAAUCAUUACACCAUCUCCUCACCUCAGCGACCCUGCUGCAUCCAUCUCUCUGUCGGCUCCCCUCUCUCUCGCUCUCUCUCACCUUGUCACUUCCCUUCUCUCUCCCUGGCUCUCUCUUUACUGCUCUCUUUCCCCAUCUAUCUUUAAUCCAAUCUCUGUCUUCUCGGUUUCUCUCUGUAUUCUCACCCGACGCUCUGUAGGCUGUAACUGCGGUUGCUGUAUGUUGGCGGGAGGAGAAUGGAAGAUUCAGUAUUAUCAGGAGAGGAGGGAGAGAGGCGGUCUGACUCUUGAUAAACAACCCUCUGCAAAAUGAGGACUAGUUUAAUUUUACCACAAAUUAAUAGGCUGAGAGAAAUUAUGCCAAUUAGAGGAUGAGUUCGCUCUCACCACUGUCAUCAUCUCACACACAAUGUGUGCACAGAUUAUGUCCAUAUAGGCACACACCAUGUGGAAAUACCUUUUGACAGGAUUCAGUACUGGGCAAGUCUUAACCCAGCAGGGGUCUUAGGAUACAAUCUCCUAACCAACACUGGAGGACAGUUCUGUAAUAACAUUUACAGAUCCGAAUAUACGAAUGCAUUUACAGAGACAUAAUACCAUACAUGAAGAUAUAUAAUACUUCUUUCUUUCUGGGUUGAAAAUCCAUUUAAGCCAAUGAAUCACUGACAAAUGAGUUAUUUUGCUCACUCUUGGCUGAAGAUUGCAUCCACUGUGUUCCUGUCCCAUGUCAAUGUUUUGUUAUCCCUAUGAAGCCAAAGAUGCAUGCUGUACACUCCAAUGGUAUGUCUCAUCAUAAUCACGGUACCCGACCGCUGUGGCCUGACUCUAUAACUGUGCAAUCUAGACUGUGUAGCAUUACUGUGUAUUCUUGCUGUACCAUACUGUAAAAUAUGUACAUAGCACACAAUAAAGAUAUACAUAGCUUCUUCGAA